UCUUGACAAUGUUAGAUAGAAAUCACAACAGAAAACAUCCGAACUCAUCUAGAGAUUAGAAGAAAAGAAACCCAUUAGAGAAUUUUUUUUUUUUCUUUUACGUGAGUGGGAAAAUGAAGUUCGAUUCAAAGGAAUUCAGGCUGCUGGAUUUAAACUCAAGUGGUUUUGUUCCAAAGUCCAUUUCAGAUUUGCUAGCAGAAGUUUCAAUGAUCCCCGAUAUUCCCCUGAAGUUGUCCAAACUAAACGACUAUGUCUGUGUUUUGGAGCAAGAAAUGAAAAAGAUCGAUGGUUUCAGACGUGAACUCCCCCUCUGCAUGCUCCUCUUGAACGAUGCUAUUUGGAAAUUGAAGGAGGAGGUGGUAAAGUUGAAGAAGAGAGAGGUGGAGACAGUUGUGAUGGAAGAAUUCAUGCCUCUAAAAGGUAAUUCAGAUCGUGAAGAUGAAAGACCCAAAAGAAAGUCAGCUGAUUGGACUGACAAGAAGACUUGGAUGAGCUCUGCUCAGCUUUGGACCACUCCCAUCCAAUAUGAAAACGGUUUUGAUACUGUCAAAAUUCAAGACGCCUUUUUUCUCCAUCAAGCCAGGCAUCAAGAGCGGAGUGAUGGAGCAGCAAGGUGGAGCCUAUCUGAUCAGGCACGGAGUUUCAACAAGAAGUUGGGAGGGGCCUUUUUGCCUUUCAAGAAGCCAGGUGGUGCUGUGGUGACGAAGACAGAGGUGGAGGAGGAGGAUUACCCGCUAAAUGGGCUGUCUUUGUCAAUGCCAGCACUGGCUGAGGUGGGCUCAGAUGAUCUUACGAAUUCAAAAGGCAAACAUGUUGGUGUUGCCAGUGAUGAUGGUACUGUUGUGCUAUCAGAGGGUGGUAGUUCAUCCCAGACGACGCAGGGCAAGAAACAGAGGCGGUGUUGGUCGCAUGAUUUGCAUCAAAAUUUUGUUAAAGCCCUCUUCGAACUUGGAGGUGCACAAGCUGCCACCCCAAAGCACAUAAGAGAAAUCAUGCAAGUGGAUGGCCUGACCAAUGAUGAAGUGAAAAGCCAUUUGCAGAAAUACAGGCUUCAUAUCCGAAAGCUGAUGCCAAGCUCCUCAACAAGUGCGUCGCCAAAUUACGAGUGGCUGAGAAGGGGAGAACGCAGUUAUUUACGAAAGCCAAGCGCCAAGCAGUCUGCUUCUCCUGAAGGGCCUUUGCAUUUAGCAGGCGGCGGCUCAGCUAAAGGGGCGUCAGUUACUGGCGGUGAAAGCAUGGAAGAGGAAGAGGAUCGGAGAUCGGAAAGCUGCAGUUGGAAGGAUCGUCAUCAGAAGCCAACAGAUUAAUUGCGUGCCGAGGGCCCUGAAUUUUGCAGAUAGAAAAAAAAAAAAAAAAAAAAAAAAAAAAAAGGAGAACCAAAUAAUUUACUGAAAAUUACAGUAGUGAAGUCGCUGAGAUUUUGUCUCAUCUCAGAGAUAGGACUUUUCGGCAAUUUUUAGCAUUUUUAGUUUUCAUACAGAAUCUUCUAAAUCUUAUUCUGUUACGAUGACAUAUCAAUCAAUCAAUGAUAGCCUCCCGUAAUGGAAAUAAACAAGCCUUUGUUCUUCUGAA